AAAAGAAUUGUUGUGUGUGAGCUGUUUUUUUUGCGAAGAAAAUAAAUCAGAUGAAAUUUAUACAGAAAAUAAAUAAUAAAAAUUAUUAAAAAUAAAAGUAUUCUAUAAAAAAACAAUGUUCUUUUUAUAAAAAAUUAAUAGCCUUAAAGUGAUUGAUAGUAAAAUACAUAUUUUUAUUGUGAACUUGAGUAGAGAUUUAAUUUUUUCUAUAAGAAGACUUACAAGAUGGUGCCUCCUAAGGAGAGCAUAGAUUUGGAAAGUUUUUUGGUAACAAAACAUUCCUGGAAGGGGAAAUACAAACGUAUAUUAGCAAUAGGCAAUUUAGGAAUAUCAACCUAUAAUCCCGACAAAUUGGAUUUAACCAAUAGAUGGUCUUAUUCCGACAUUGUAUCUGCAGCACCUACAAAAACCUCAAAUAUUCCCAAUGAAUUUGUAUUGACUGUUAAAAAAGAUAAAAAACUGGAUUCAAUUAAACUAAGCUCAGAGUAUCGCAAUGAUAUUUUAACAUCCAUUUUGAAAUACUACAAAGAAUUUGCUGAUAAACCUAAAAAUUCUCAACGUUUUUCUGCUUAUAAAUAUCACUGGUCGGGCAUUAGUUUACCCACAAUGUUGGAAGUUACGCCCUGCUCAUUAGAUCAAUUGGAUCCCACCACCAAUGAAAUAUUGGCGAGUUAUAUGUACAAGGAUAUUGAAGGAAUAAUAGCAGGAAUUUCGGACUAUGAAGGCGGCAUUGUUAUGGCCUAUGGUGGCUUUAGUCGUUUGCAUCUGUUCAAGGCUCUUAAUCAUCAUGAGAUAGUGCAAAAUAUAGCACAAAAAUCAGCACAGUUUCUGGGUAUAGACAUAAAGAUCUUAAAAUCACAAAUAACACUGGAACAAUUUGAAAGACAAAGAUUUGGCAAAUAUAGCGGCGAUCAAUUUCAAACUUCUAUGACUGAAUUUACUGUACAAAAACAUACACCACGUCAUCCGGAUCCAGUUAAACGUAUACUCUGUCUUUCGGAGUCUACACUUUUGGAACGAGACCCUCAGACAUACAGUGUUUGCACUCUACGCCCGCUUGCAGAUGUUUUUGCAUUAAUACGCGAGAAAGAUAAUUUACAAAAAUUUUGCAUUGAGUAUAAAAACGGUAUUGUGCGCUCCUAUACAACGAACGAUCGUGAUUCGCUAUUGGCCACUUUACUGGAUGCUGUACGUUCCAGCGGCAAUCAAGAUGUUCAUAUACGCAUUGUUAAUACACCGCGUGGCAAACGUUAUGUACCACUAAGCAGCAUUGUUGACGAAGAAACCGAGGCAAAUCUAUUACGAUUGGUUAUAAAUAAUUUUCAAAAUCCUGCUAAACGUUACGAAGUUUUAGAGCGUUUUAAUGCCAAUGUACCGCAUAGUGGUUUAAAUUACAGUGUAACGCAAGAUAGUCUCUUCGCUGAAAACAAAGAAAAACUAAUACUGAGUGCUCUACAAGCAUUGGCACAAAAAGAGUUGGACAAUCCAACAGCCCAGUUAACAAAUUUCGAACUUGAAGCCAUUUUUCAUGGUCUAACACGUUUGUUAGCCAGCAAAACCGGCUAUGCUGCAUUUACCAAUUUACCGGGAUUUCGAGAAAUUAUUGGCACAAAAAUUGUAGCUGCCCUAAGACGUAAAGAUUUGGCCGUUACUUAUUCAGCCAUAGAUAUGGUAAAUUCUCUAAUGCAUUCGGUGAAUGCUGAUCAUGAUUUGAAGCAAGAGCAGUUAAACAAAUCAUCCAUACUAUCAUCGAAAUCAUUUUUGGAGACCUUACUUAAUAUGUGGACCAAUCAUGUUAGCCAUGGCAGUGGAGCAUUGGUUUUAUCUGCCAUGUUAGAUUUCUUAACAUUUGCCCUAUGUGUGCCUUAUUCAGAGACUACGGACGGCAAACAAUUUGAUAUAUUAUUGGAAUUGGUGGCUGAAAGGGGUCGCUACUUAUACAAACUGUUUCAACAUCCAUCUUUGGCCAUUGUGAAAGGUGCUGGUCUAGUUUUGAGAGCCAUCAUAGAGGAGGGCGAACAAAAAGUUGCCGAACAAAUGCAAUCUUUGGCUUUGGAUGAGGCGGCUUUAUGUAGACAUUUGCUGGUAGCAUUGUACACGCCCUCAAAUGAUCCCACUUUAACUACACAUCGUCAAUUAUCUAGACACUUGAUUGGUCUGUGGAUAACGGACAAUGUUGAUGCCAUGGAAUUAUUUAAGCGUAUAUUUCCUGCUGGUUUAUUAAUGUUUCUGGAAUCGGAAGAUACCGUGCCAGAAACAGACGUUGAAGAAGACAAGUUAAAUUUUAGAGAUAAUUUAAAAUUUGCCAUACAGCAUUCCAAUAAAACUCGUAAAAAUGUGAUUGAAAAGCAUUUACAGGGCAUAAAACAUUGGGGCAUGAAUUUAAUUGAGCAACAAGAUCCUGCUGCCCAAGCUCUAAAAAAUCGCCCCGUAGUUUUGCGCAAUAGGCGCCAGCGUAAAAAAACGUCAGAAGCUAUAGUGAAUCUACCCUAUUUCUUUUAUAAUUUUUCCAAAGAUCACAGUAUACCUAAUUUAAUAUGGAAUCAUAAGACUCGCGAGGAAUUGCGCAUUUGCUUGGAAAAUGAAUUACGUCAAUUUAUAAAUGAUCGUGAUUUAGCUGGCAAUAUGAUUGUUGCUUGGAAUUAUCAAGAAUUUGAAGUAACAUAUCAGUGUUUGGCUGAUGAAAUUCAAAUUGGUGAUUAUUAUAUACGUUUGAUAUUGGAAAAGGAUGACUGGCCUCAAAAUUUAGUAAAAGAUCCUAUCGAAUUGUUUAAUGCUCUGUAUCGACGUGUGUUAUGCCGACAACGUGUUAAUGAUGAUCAAUUGACUGUAACUUCUUUACAAGCUUUGGCAAAAGUUUAUAGACGAUAUCACAAGGAAAUUGGGCAGUUUGGUGAUAUGUCCUAUAUCUUGCAAUUAAGUGAUAGAUGUUUCUCACCAUCCUUAAGAGAUGCUCUUAUAAAUCUUAUGUCAUGUUUAGUAUUGGAAAAAUCCAAUUGUCGUCCUCUGGUCGAUCAUGUACAAUGUUUAGUUGAUCUCAUAACAUUGGCUCAUUUGCAUCAAGGUCGGGCCCAACCAAACACCAAAACCAAUGUUAUUGAAGCAGGACCAAACAUGCAGCAAUACGAGGAAAAGGAUUGGUAUUAUAAUAUCGAAAAAGAGGGACAGAAACCCGAACGCCAAGGACCCAUAACCUACUCAGAAUUAAAGGAAUUGUGGUCGAAAGGUGUUAUAACGCCGAAAACUAGAUGUUGGGCUAUUGGUAUGGAUGGUUGGCGUUCGUUGCAGCAGAUACCACAACUUAAAUGGUGCCUUAUAGCCAAGGGGCAACCUUUAUAUAAUGAAACAGAACUGUCUUCAAUGAUAUUAGAUAUACUUAUCAAAUGUACCAGUUUCUUUCCAUCCCGUACUCAAAAUGGUCAAGCUGUUUUAAUACCUGGCCCCAAACUGUCGCGUAAACUAUCCGAAUUCAUUUGCUUACCUCACAUUGUUCAAGUUUGCUUGACACAUGACCCCGGACUGUUGGAACGUGUGGCCACGCUCUUGUGUCAAAUUAUGCAAGACAAUCCCGAAAUGCCCAAAGUCUAUUUGACGGGAGUUUUCUAUUUCAUGCUGAUGUAUAGCGGCAGCAAUAUUUUACCCAUUACAAAAUUCCUUAAAAUGACGCAUAUGAAACAGGGUUUCCGCAGUGAGGAAUCAUCACAAUCUGGCAUAAUGCAUCGUAGUAUUUUGGGUCAGCUAUUGCCCGAAGCUAUGGUUUGUUUUCUGGAAAAUUAUAGUGCAGAGAAAUUUGCAGAAAUCUUUUUGGGUGAAUUCGAUACGCCCGAAGUUAUAUGGAGUUCGGAAAUGAGAAGACUGUUAAUAGAGAAAAUUGCAGCACAUAUAGCUGAUUUUACACCACGCCUUAGAGGUCAUACAAUGGCCAGAUAUCCCUAUCUUGCCAUACCAGCUAUAAGCUAUCCCCAACUGGAAAAUGAAUUAUUCUGCCAUAUUUAUUACUUGAGACAUCUCUGUGAUACUCAAAAAUUUCCCAAUUGGCCCAUUUCGGAUCCAGUACAACUACUGAAACACACAUUAGAUGCCUGGCGUAAGGAAGUCGAAAAGAAACCGCCACAAAUGACCGUCCAGCAAGCAUACAAUGAUUUGGGCAUAGAUUUGGCCAAACAUCCCAAACCAGAUGAAUCAAUGAUACGUAAAAGUUAUUAUCGUUUGGCACAAAUGUAUCAUCCGGAUAAAAAUCCCAAUGGUCGUGAAGUUUUCGAAAAAGUUAAUCAAGCCUACGAGUUUCUCUGCUCUCGUAAUGUAUGGAGUUCGGGUGGUCCAGAUCCCAAUAAUAUUGUAUUAAUUUUGAGAACACAAAGUAUUCUGUUUGAACGUUAUGCAGAUGUAUUACGUCCAUAUAAAUAUGCUGGCUAUCCUCAACUUAUUAAGACCAUACGUUUGGAGACCAAGGAUGAUGAUUUGUUCUCAAAAGAAACACAAUUACUUACCGCUGCUUCUGAACUUUGCUAUCACACAGUGCACUGCUCCGCCUUAAAUGCUGAAGAGUUGAGAAGGGAAGAGGGUAUUGAAGCAUUGCUAGAGGCAUACGAUAGAUGUGUAUCAAUCAUGGGCGCCGACUCCAAACCAGAUUCCUUACACUAUCAAGUUAUUUCUAAUGUAACGCGUUGUUUCGAAGUUGCCUGUAAUUUCGAGAAAUGUAAACAAAAAAUUAUCACGCUGCCACGUCUCAUGUCCGACGUGUGUCGUGUGGUCUAUUUCAAACACACUCUGUCCGUUAGUUUGGUAACAAGUUUGGCAGCAAAUAAUUACGAAUUACAGUGUAAUUUAACUUGCAACGGAGUGUUGUGGUCCCUUAUGCUCUUCUGCUUUGAAUAUGACUAUACGCUGGAUGAGAGUGGCGUUGAGGCUAGUGAUAAAACGAAUCAACAACAGCAAGCCAAUACAUUAGCUAAAAUGGGCAUUCUUGCCUGUAUAGCUUUAGCCGGCUAUGGCCUUGAAUUGCGCACUACGCCAGAAACGAAAUCAGUAACAUCUUCAGAAAAUAAUUCACCUACAACCAGUGUCGCAGGAGCAGCAACAGCAGCAAGCAUAAAAGCGCCCUCUAUACCACCUAAACCCAAAACGGCGUAUACACAAAAUGCACAAAAUCCUUUAAAUAAACAACUUGCUAUAACAUCGGGUCAGGAAAGUAAUACAUCGAGUGUUGUUAGUAAACAAGAUUCAACGGCUAGUGAAAAAUCUGAAGCUGGCACACCCGAACAAAGUGCUAAGGCAUUGGAUUUAUUGCGACAGAAGUAUGUGGUAACAUCUGAUGCUCAGAAUACGGUGGUCAAACAAGUGCUGGAUCGCUUGCUUACCAAAUAUAUUGCAAAUAAACUAACAAAAGAAAAGGAUAGUGAGAUAUUAAAAAUACUCACCUCCAACACUCGUAAUCCCUAUUUAAUUUGGGAUAAUGGUACUAGAGCUCAAUUAUUAGAUUUCCUAGAACAGCAACGUUCGGCAUCCGUUAAGGAAACCUUUGAAGAUAUAGCAGAGAUUCAUGAAUUGGUAGCACAAUUUGAGUUCGAUGCACAUAAAGAUGAAUUACAAAUUGGUGGUGUAUUUAUACGAAUCUACAACGAUAUGCCCACAUUUCCUAUAGUUAAUCCCAAGCAAUUUACACUAGAUUUAUUGGAAUAUCUCAAGCAAGCCUAUCACUAUAUGAUGAAGCUAAAACAUUCAAAUACUAUUGCGUAUUCCGAACCCGUUUCACCUACACUUAGUGGCUCGGGUGAUGGUAUACUUAAGCCUACUUUAGCACCUAACCAUCCGCAAUUGAAGCAACCUAAAACUGGCAAUACAUUUGAUGAAGUGCUUAAUGCAUAUAAUCGUUCAAAAAGUCGUAAAAAACUGGAAACUGAAGCCCUGAUGGAGCAGCAACAUAUACAAAGUCAAUAUAAAUACGAUUUUGCCAAUGAUGUUCAUGUGGAGCAACAUAUUAUUAUGGUGCUUAAGGCUCUAAUAGCUGUUGUUAAGGCCAAUCAUGAAGUAGAAAUUCAAUGUAUAGGAAAUUUCGAUAUGAUAUUUGGAUUUUUGGCUUAUAAUCUAUUUGCCGAGAAUACUACAAUUAAGACGGUGGCUCUGGAAGUGGUGGCUUUAGUUUCACGUAAUAAGGAUUGUGUAACUGAAAUUGCUGCCUGUGAGGUGUUGGGCAACUUUUUGGUGGCCCUUAAAGAUCCCGAUUUGAGAGCCAGUCAACAAAAAGUUUUGGAAACUAUGUCGGGUCUUAUGAAUGUGCAAGAAAUGAUUAAAGAAGCACAAAUGAAGGGUGCAGUCAUAUAUUUAUUAGACAUGUUCUGUAAUUCCCGCAAUCCACUGAUACGUGAAAUGUGUGCUGAAAUAAUGGCCAAAAUGACUGCCGAUCGAUUGAGUGGUCCUAAGGUUCGUAUAACGGUUUCCAAAUUUUUGCCUGCUUUAUUUGUGGAUGCCAUGAUAGAGUCACCCCAAACUUCGGUACAACUGUUCGAGUCUAUACAUGAACAUCCCGAGUUAAUAUGGAAUGAUAAAACCCGCAAUACUGUUUGUGAUGCUGUAAAUGAUAUGUGUGAAAGUUUCUAUCGCGCACAAAAAUUAAAUUCCAAACAUUUGUGGAAGGAUCCUGAAAUUCUUAAGGAUAUUGUAUCAAAUGAAGUGGUUGUAGCUGGUGUUUAUUUGCGUCUAUUUGUAGCUAAUCCUGCCUGGACUUUACGUAAACCCAAGCAAUUCUUAUCAGAUCUCUUAGAUUUUGUUGUCGAACAAAUAAGUAAAAGUUCUUCGGAGAAGGAUGUUUUAGAUUUGUCUACUAAUGCUUUAGUGGAACUUUUACGAUCGCAACCGAAUUUAGCCGAUGAUAUUCCUGUCUUGGGUCACAUACCCAAACUAUUUAACUUGCUGACCGUGCAACCAAAGAAUACAUUAUCAGUAUUACAUCAAUUAUCAUUAUCAGAGUUCUGUGUCAGUGCUGUUUCGCAAACUGAAUGCAUUAUGCCCUUAAAGAAAUGCAUGGAACAUCAUCGAGAUUGUAUAGAAAAAUCCUGUGAAACGUUGAGUCGUUUAUUUAAAUAUCAGCAUGAUUCCUUAAUUAGCCAAUCUUUGGAAGUUGGUCUUAUACCCUUUCUAUUGGGUUUAUUAGACAGUCGUUUGGAUUAUGUAGACAAUGCAUCAGCUGUUAAAGCACAAAUCGUGGCUGCGCUAAAAGGCAUGACUCAUAAUCUCAACUAUGGUGAUCGCGUUACACAAAUUUUACUCAAACAUCCAGUAUGGUCAGAAUUUAAAGAUCAACGACACGAUCUAUUUAUAACCGAUACAAAUAUUAGAGGAUAUCUAACGGGUAUCAAUCCUACUGCAGGCUACCUCACUCAAGGACCAGCACAAAAUGUCGAAGUGCUGACCUCACCACCACCUAUUGAUCGUGAUGAUCCCUCUGCUAGACCACCAGAGGAUUAAUAUUUGCCUACAACAAAUAUUUUCUAAUACAUAAAAAUAUAUAUUAUUUUUUUUUUAAUUUUUCCGUUUAGUCGUAUUUUUUUAUAAAUACACAUUUAUUAUAUUUUCAAAUGUAUAUUUACACAAUGUAAGAAAUUAAGCAGAAUAGAAAAACAGUUUUUAUCUCUUUUUUCCAAGUUGUAGGAUUUAAUAAAUGAUAAACAACAAACAAAACAUCAAAAUAAGUAAAAGUAUUUUAUACAAUAUAAAAGAAACAAAUCUAUAAAAAAUUAAUAAUUUAUAAUUAUAAAAAAUACCUUUAUUUUGAAAUAUUUAUACACAUAUAUAAUUUUUUUAAAUUAAUAUUUUGCAAAUACUAUAAUAAUUCAUAUUAAAUUAUAUAUUAAUUUCAAUUGAACACACACACAUAUUUACAUGUAUUAUAAUAUAAUAUAAUUAUAAUUUCUAUCUUUAAAACUAUACAUAAACACUUACAAAACAUAAACAUACAUUCACAAUUUACGAAAAAGUGAUGAAAUAAAAUUUAAAAAACAUUAAAUGUAUUUUCAAAAAUAACAUAA